AUGGGCAAAUUCAAAUGGAAGAUCUCUUUGAGAGGCCUCAAGCGACCCAUCAGUCCAACAAAACAUGCCACAGUUGCUGACCCUUCUCCUAGUCGUCAAGGUUUCACUCGAGCCAACACCAAAUCCAACCAAAACCUCAAGGCGCAGUACAACAACGGCCAAUCUCAAUCUCCAAUCUCACAACAAGCCCCUCCCCUCCCCCCUCUCACGAACUCCCCCUCCGUUUCAUCUACCUUCAGCGAGCAGAGUGGUUAUGUGGAACAAGAACCCAAGAAAUUCCUGAACGAGAAAUACGCAAAGUGCUCUGUCAAGGGAAACUUCCUCACUCUUGCUGCACAACCAAAGAAUGUCGAACUCGGAGAAUGGCUAGCCCACCAAUUGGUCGAGAUGAACCGACUUCUCACAGGCAUGAUCCAAGUCAUUCAGGAGGUUGACACCAACACUGGUCUCCCCCUUUGCAAUGAGCAGCAAUGUCCUACAAUGUCUGCUGGACGCCUCACUUACACCUGGCUCGAAAAUGGUCGACCGGCCAAGAUCCCUGCCCCUCAAUACAUCGUCCGAGUUCAGCGCUGGAUCGUUGGAAAAAUUCAUGAUGAGAAGACCUUCCCUACUGCACCUCCGCCGACCGUUGACCAAACCUCGUACAUGUCCGGUGAUACUGGCGCCGCUACACCCUCAACUACGCCAAUUGUCGCACCCCCAACCAACCUCAAUCAACCUUUGACUACCCUCGCAGGCAUUCAGGACGAAUGGAUUGGCAAGUCAUCGGGCUUCCCUCAGCACUUCCAUUCCGACGUCAAGGCUAUCAUCAAGCAAAUGUUCCGCUGCUACGCCCACCUAUAUCAUUGUCACUUCACCGACCCCUUCUGGCACAUUGGCCGCCACGCAGAGUUGAACAGCUGCUUCGUCCACUUCUGCACUGUCGCAAUGUACUAUGACUUGAUCAGCAAGAAGGACAUGGAGCCAUUGCAGGGACUCAUCGACAUCUUUGUGGCGCAGGGCGUCAUUCCUAAGGAGGCCGUCCAACAGCAUGUUUCUUAG